AUGCAGGAGGCAUUUACCUGCCGCGAGCUGUCGUUGCUCACGCCUCUAGGAUACCAGAGCGGAGACUGUGGCUAUUGCAAACUAGAAGGCUCGAGUCAGCGAACCCCCAAUUCUCGUGCCUCUUACUACGUGAAGUCGAAAUCGCUAUGUCCAAGUCAUUAUCAGCUCCUCGUCGACCGUGGGUGGAGGCGAUCUGGUACCUUGCUCUACAUCCCCGACGUAGCCAGGUCUUGCUGCCCUCACUACACCAUCAGAUUGCCCGCCUCUGAGUUUAAGCCCAGUCGAGAUCAGCGGCAGGCGCUGAACCGCUGGAACCGCUUCGUGCUUGGUGAGAGAUACAUAGGAGGAGUGAAUAUCAAGUACCCCAAAUCUAGAUCCUCGAAAAAGCAGGAUAAUAACACCUUCGACUUUCUAUCGGUAAUCCACGAAAGCGAAGUAGGUCAGCUGAAACCAAACCUCGAGCCAGACCACAAGUUUGAGGUCACCUUGGAAGCGGACAACUUUACGCCGGAGAAGUACUCCUUGUUCGGCAAUUAUCAGCAGCAUGUCCACCAUGAGGGUCCCGAAGAUAUCAGCAGAGAAGGGUUUAAGCGCUUUUUGUGCUCGUCACCACUACAUCGUCAUACUGGCAGCCAAGGUCAAAGGUACGGCAGCUAUCAUCAAUGCUACCGGCUCGACGGGAGGCUAGUGGCCAUGGGUGUGCUCGAUCUGUUACCGCAUGCGGUGAGUGGAGUCUACUUCAUCUACCACUCUGACGUGGAGAAGUGGUCUUUUGGCAAGCUGAGUGCCCUACGGGAAGCUGCACUAGCUCUAGAAGCCGGUUAUCAGUACUACUAUAUGGGCUACUACAUCCACAGCUGCAAGAAGAUGCGGUACAAGGGCGACUACAAGCCGCAGUACGUACUCGACUACCAUUCCGGAGGAUGGGAUGUUCUGGACGAUGAUAUGCGGGCGCUGAUGGAUCGGCGAAAGUACGCUAGCAUGUCUCGUGAGCGGGCGAGGCAUCCCCAACAAAUUCAGCUUGACAAGCCAGAAGCGAAUGGCACUGACGCCGACGUGCAUGAAGGCACAAAUGUUGUGGAAUCUCAUACAGACGCCGAGCCCGAGACAAUCAUGCAUCCUGUGCCUACGGAAGCCUACAUGUCCGGCUUGUCGCUGCUCGAGCUUGGCAUGCCGGGCACCCUCGAGGUGUCCGAGCUACACAACAAAGUAGACCUCGACAGCAUAAGAGUGUAUCUCGGGCGAAACAACACGCAUGAAAUGCAGGAUCUUGUCCAGUGGGAGACAGGCGCCGAGACGGACAAGACGACAGUGAAAGGCGUAAUUGCCGAGUUUGCCGCUUGCAUUGGGCCAGACGUGGCGAAAGAUGUGUUAGUGGACUUCAGCCGUGGGUGA